UAAUGCGGGGAAAAGCGUGGUCAUCAGUAUGCCGAUAGAAGUAGAAUAUGGAAUCUUGAUAUCUUAUUAUCCUUGUUGCCCCCUUAUGCAUGUGCUUAUCCAUUACCCCUUAUGCAGUUGAAUAAUAUAUAAAGAGAGAAGAGAAAGUGCAAUAUCUAGAACCACAUAUAUAGUUAUUUUACUGUGUGAGAGAGAAAAUUAAACAUGGGAAGAGGAAGGGUUGUUCUGGAAAGAAUAGAGAACAAGAUCAACCGUCAAGUAACAUUCUCAAAACGCAGAAGUGGGUUGCUGAAGAAGGCCUUUGAGCUUUCUGUGCUAUGUGAUGCUGAAGUUGGCCUUAUCAUCUUUUCUAGCCGUGGCAAGCUUUUUCAGUACAGCAGCACUGAUAUUACCAAAAUCAUUGAGAGGUAUCGCCAAUGUCGUUACAGCAAGUCACACACUGGUGAUUCAUUGGAACACGAUUCACAGAGCGCAUACCAUGAAUUCUUGAAAUUAAGAGCGAAAUAUGAAUCUCUUGAGCGGACACAAAGGCAUUUUCAAGGAGAAGACCUUGAGCCACUUAGCUUUAAAGAUUUGCAGAGCCUGGAGAAGCAACUAGACAUAACGCUCGCACUAACUCGACAGCACCAAACGAAGAAACUCAUGGCACGAGCGGAUGAAUUACGCGAAAAGGUGCAUAAGUUGGAGGAUCUUAACAAACAAUUGGAGUCCAAGGUUUUCUCUUUAAAUAACCAUGAAAAAGAUGAAUUCUCGAGUCUCAUCCUUGACAAUAACAAUUACAUUCAAAUGCAUGCUACACAAGUUGAUCAAUUUGAGUCUGAGACAGCACUAAACACAUGGUUUCAACAUCAAGAAGUUGUUUCUAAGGAAAAAGCAAUUGAUACCAGGACAGAGCAUAGUCAAAGCAGUCACAACAAAAACAAUGGAUGGCUGUAAUGAAUAUUCAUUUAAUUUACAUGCUAAAAAAAUACCUAUCACAAUAACUAAUGGGAUAAUGCCCAUUAUUGGUAUUCACACAAAUAGUUUAUAUAAAGUAAAUGUUAUUUCUACUAAACACACAUUAUUCCUAAUAAGAAAUUAUGUAUUUUAUGCAUCAGAAAAGGGGAUGAAUUGUGUAUUUCAUCUAUCAUUGUAUAAGUUGUCAUUUUAAAAAAAUUUCUUAAAUAUUGAUAUUUUACCUAUUGGCGUCA